AUGCAGUCCUCUUUAGAACUAAAGGUGUUCUUUACUGCCAAUCCCUUUUUUCUUUCAGGCCGCUGUGCUCGCUGUGGGGAAAACGUAGUUGGGGAAGGGACAGGAUGCACUGCUAUGGAUCAGGUCUUCCACGUGGAUUGUUUUACCUGCAUCAUCUGUAACAACAAGCUCCGAGGGCAGCCCUUCUACGCGGUGGAGAAGAAAGCCUACUGCGAGCCCUGCUACAUCAACACCCUGGAGCAAUGCAGUGUUUGCUCCAAGCCCAUCAUGGAGCGGAUUCUCCGAGCCACAGGGAAGGCCUAUCAUCCUCACUGCUUUACCUGUGUGAUGUGCCACCGCAGCCUGGAUGGGAUCCCAUUCACCGUGGACGCUGGUGGCCUCAUCCACUGCAUUGAGGACUUCCACAAGAAAUUUGCUCCCCGCUGUUCUGUGUGCAAGGAGCCUAUCAUGCCUGCCCCUGGCCAGGAGGAGACUGUCCGGAUUGUGGCUCUGGAUCGUGAUUUCCAUGUUCACUGCUACCGGUGUGAGGAUUGUGGUGGUCUCCUGUCUGAAGGAGAUAACCAAGGCUGCUACCCGCUAGAUGGACACAUCCUCUGCAAGACCUGCAAUUCUGCCCGCAUCAGGGUGUUGACCGCCAAGGCCAGCACUGACCUUUAAAUCCAGUCGCCUGUUUAGCGGUUAGUGGGUGGCUCCGAGAAGGACGAAACACAAGAAAAAUAUGAAAAGAGAAAUAGGAAAAGAGAGGAAAGGCAAUCAAGCUAUGGGAUGGUCUCUACUUCAUCCACUAUUAACCUUUCUUUAGAAACACCUAGAAUAUGAGAUUUUUUUGAGUUCUUACAAUGCACAUUUCACAGUUAAUCAUGUAGAACCUUGAUAGGUCUUUGUUCCCAAGGACUUGCACAUGUUUGCACGGAUUAUGCUCCAUCCCAUUCACUUCUGCAUUCCUUUAACCUUUAAUCCCUAUGUUUGUCUCACUUUUCAUCUGGUUGAAUGGCUUUUUUUAGUGUGGUAUUUGCUGUCACACAGUUUUUCCUGGGGAAGUCUGCCAACUCCCAGGUGCUUUUCGGCUUGAAGGCUCCAUCCUAUCACUUCCACAUUGCCAGCGACCAUAAAAGAUAGUCAUUCAUUUUCUGUGUAUUGAAAAAAAAAGUCUUUUAUUACUCUAAACUAGUCAUGUCCCUUGGGAAAAAAUGCACAAUUAUAUGUCAGGUUAUAAAGAAUUUAAACUGUAAAUUACAUAGAUUAAAAGAAGCUGAAUUUGCAGCCAUCCAAAUUCAAAAUCUAUAAUGACCAGUGGUGGGGCUCAUUUGAAAAUAGGUAUUGGUGAGAGAGAACCAAACCUCAAUAUUUUUCCUGCAGAAAUUACAGAUGGGGUAUACUCGAUAAAGCAUUUUGGGGUUAUAUUUUAAAAGGCAUUAUUAUGCCUCAAAUAUUAAAUUUUUUCUUUUUCCAUGCUACCUGGAUAUAAUAACAUGGACAAAUUUGGUUUUCUCUAGAAUAGAACUUCCAAUACUGUUCCACUUUUCAUAUCAGAUAUAUUGCAACAUUUUGUUUGCUUGUUUGUUUGCUUUGGGAGGGAGGACAUACAAACACAACUGCCAAAAUUGUGUAGUUGUAUUCCUCUAGAGGAAGAUAUCUAUAAAGAAAUGUUUAUUUUUUUUUUCCAGGCCCAGGUCCAUUUUACCUGACAGUUGCAAAUCAGGGCACAUAAAAUUGUCUUAGUUUUGUUUAGUUUACCUUAAAAAGACAGGAAACUUGAAAAGAUUGUGGAACCACAGUUUCAUUAUUCUUAUAAUUCUUCUGCAACUCAAAAUACAUAUUGCAGGAGACAUUUUCAUAUCAUUGAUGUGACAUUUACACCACACUUUCUUAGACAAUCGCUGAAAAGAAAUUGCCUUUUUGAACUAAAAAUAUUCAGAGCCUGGGAUCUUUAGUCCGAUUCUUUUGGGGCAGUGAAAUGCUUGCCUGCAGCAGAACCAUAUACAUUGUUUUUUUAUGUCCUAACAUGUUUCCUUUAAGGAACAAACCUGCUCUUAGUAGCAAGUUACCAUCUUAUAAAUUAAAUAUUUUGGAUUAAGAUUUGUUCAGAUCUUUUUUAAGAAUACGUCAACCUUCUUAAAAACUUUCUGCAAGUAUAUACUUUUAAAUUACAAAGUAUUUUAAAUAUAACAAAAAUAUAGAUAAUAAUAUAAUGGAUCUCUGUAAUACCCAGUUUAAGAAAUCAAAUAUAACAAAUAUAGCUACAUUCCCCUGUAUACCCUUCCCUGAUUCCACAAAGAUCUUUUUCAUGAUUAGAAGGUGAUAAACUCUUCUAGUCUGACUUUUGUUUUUAAUUUUAACACUCAGAAACGAGAAAUUAUUUGUGAAUGUUUUGCAUUGCAAUCCAGACCUCAAGCAUCCCAAUUAAAUUUAUUUUGCUUUAGUGGGAAUAAUCAUAAAGGUGGUUCUUUUUUUUCAAUAAGAUAUCCUUAAGCCUGUGGCUCUUCUAAGUCAAUCUGUGGCUCAUUUGCUUUGGUUACCAAACAGUUUUGUUUUAGAACCACCACAGUUAGAAUUUUCAAAGGGUCCUUUGACCACUGUGCUUUCCUCACCUUGUUUCCCUUGUCCUUGACCUCACAUUUCUCAUAAUGUGAAAUGCAAGAGGUCCAGCAGCAUGUGGAUUUUAGGAUACAAUGACAACUGUAUCACUGAAUUUCUGUCUUCCAAAUGAAAGGAGACCAUGCUGAUGACCUCAAAGAGUACUGACUAUUAGACAAUUGGGGUGAUACUAUCUAUAAUCAGCUUGAAUUGCUUCAGCCAUUUGUUUUCUAUAAAAUACUUGGGGAAAAAUUAUCUUUUGGUCAAAAGGAAAGAGCCCAACUUAUUGAGGGGUGGAGUUUAUCUCUUGAAAUUCAGUCUUAUGAAUUUUGCCAAAAGAGGGAGGAUUUAUGAAAUAUUUAUACUAUAAAAAUGCAGUAACAUUCUACUUGUUGGUUACAUUUAAGUUCUUAUGUAACUGAAUGUUUACAUGCCAAGAAAAAAGAGUUAUAAGAAAAGGCUGUUACAGGCCCCUCACUGUGACACUGCCAGAAUAGUGCUUGCUUACAAUCUUUAUAGUGCGUUUUUAUCAUGUAACCUCAGAGUAUCUUUACCAAAGAUUUUUAAAGUAAAUCUCUUUUUAAUAUAGACUUAUCAUACUUUUAUAAUAAUGAAUGUGCACACCUACAUAUACAGAAUAUUUAGAUUUAGAUUUUUUUCUUUCACAAGGUAUAAUAAGGAAAGGAUCCUAAAAUAUUUUAUUUCAGGAUUUCUUAAUUAUAUGAUUUAUACUGCUUUCUUGUCUUCUAUUAAUCAUUUGGUAUCAGCAAUGCCAAAUCACUCUUUACUGUUUUAGCUACAUGAAAUGAUGCCUAUAACAGAUAUAAAGAUCUAGUGCCUUAAGGAUGAUAAUUCUACUGUCUUGUGAUAUCUUGUCUUGAUUGUUAUCAUUUAAAUACAUAGAUAAUAGAAAAAAAUCAUAGAGUCUAUAAGAGAAAGUUUGUAAAAAUAAACUAAAAAAUAUACCAGUUUUAAAAAAAUUGUCACGAACAGAAAUAUUUGGUAAUUCCAUGUAACAUGAGAGACAUGGAAAAGGAAAAAAAACCCACCAUGUCCUGGGCUCUGCAGAUUGCUUCAUGGUUAGAUUUCUCCAUCGCCUGAAUCCCCGGCUCAUACUGACUCAGUGUGGAGUCUCAUCUGUGAACAGAUUGGCCUUUAAAACUCAAAAUAAGUCAUGUGUUCCAGCAAAAUGCAUCAAAGCUUUGAGAUCCUGGACAUCUCUGCAGCUCAAUGAUGUGGGUUCUUUUUCCUUUCAUUAAAAAAUUGUUUUUACCAGAGCAACUUCUCUGAUCAAAAUGACUUCAUUGUGUGUAUGCUGAUGAAUACAGUGGAGAUAUCAACACUAUAACUGUUUCCUCACUAAGAUUCUGCAGAGAUGUUUGCGAUAAUGUUUCAAGUAUAUAAAAUUCUAAUUACAUUUAAA